AUCGAGAAAAAAGACAUAGUUGGGUGUCAUGUCAACAAAAUCACAAAACUAUCAACUACUAGUGGAAGCUUCCCCUCCCAUUUUGUGGAAGCUCAUCCUCUCAUCAGCAACACAUACUGCAAUUCAUACACACACCGACAGAGAGAGAAAAGAUUAAACAAUGGCGAACAUUUUGAAUAUUUCAUCUCAGGCGGUGACGCCAUGGUCAAAUGCCACUUCAGUAUUUUCAUCCAAUAUCAAAUUUUCUCUCUCCUCCAAAUUCUCUCACAAUUUUCCUUCUACUUCAUCUUCCGUUGCUAUGCCAGCAGGGUGUAGAUUUUCAUGGAUGGAAGAGAACUUUGCAAGUCUCAAAAACAUGUCUAGCAAUGGAAGAAGAGUUAGCCAUGUUCAAUUAGCCCUUCCAACGACAUCUGUGGCAGUUUCCUCUGUAAAGGAUCUCUUUGCGUUUAUAUGUUCAGGUCCCCUUGUAGAUAAAUUAGGUCUAAAUGCAGAGAAGAUUGCGGAGUCCAUCGAUAAAUGGUUAAUGUGUGCAUCUCAACUUUGUAGAAUAUUCCAGCUCAAUGAACUUAAACUAGAUGAUGCUCAAAAAGUCAGGCUUUACCAUUAUUAUAUACCUGUCUUCUUAUGGUGUGAAGAUCAAAUCUCCCAACAUGCAUCCAUGUUCAAAGAUGGAGAAGAACUCCCUCCUCUAGUGAUAGGAUUUAGUGCACCACAAGGUUGUGGAAAGACGACUCUUGUAUUUGCGCUAAACUAUCUUUUCCAAGUUACUGGCAGGAAAUCUGCUACAAUAUCCAUUGAUGAUUUCUAUUUAACAGCUGAAGAGCAGGGUAAACUAAGAGAAGCAAACUCAGGGAAUAGGCUUUUAGAGUUUCGGGGAAAUGCCGGAAGCCAUGAUCUAUCGCUUUCUGUUGAAACACUGACAGCCUUGAGCAAAUUAACGAAAGAAGGUAUGAAGAUGAAGGUACCACGAUACAAUAAAUCUGCAUAUAGUGGGAGAGGAGACAGAGCAGAUCCUUCAGUAUGGCCAGAGGUUGAAGGCCCACUAACGGCCAUCCUGUUUGAGGGAUGGAUGUUGGGUUUCAAACCCCUUCCAGAUGAAGCGGUUAAAGCUGUUGAUCCACAGCUUGAAAUUGUAAAUAAAAAUUUACAUGCUUAUUAUGAUGCAUGGAACAAGUAUAUAAAGGCAUGGGUAGUGAUCAAGAUCAAAGACCCAAGCUGUGUCUAUCAGUGGAGACUUCAGGCGGAGCAGGCUAUGAGGGCAGAUGGAAAACCAGGAUUGUCAGAUGAGGAGGUUGCUGACUUUGUUUCUCGUUACUUGCCUGCCUACAACGCUUAUCUACCUACACUCUACAAGGAAGGACCACACGGAUCAGAUCCAAAUCACACGCUCGUGGUUGAAAUAGAUGAAGGGAGGAACCCUAUUCUCAUCGGCUGAUGAUAGGGUGUUUGUUUAUAGAGGUUGGUUUGUUCAUAUUUCGGAGUCGCAGCAACAGCAGAAAAUCUUCAGACAGCCUUCACAUGCCUCGUAACAGCAGAAGCAGCAGCAUAGAGUGAAUAAGCUGCAAUCCCUCCAUAAUUUUCAGGCAUUAAAAAUUAGAAUGAACACCGAAAAAUUAAAAAAUGUUCCUGAUUAAAUGAUGAACACAUUCAAGAUUAAUAAUUUUAUGCUAAAUUCAAAUUGUAUUUUUAACCUUAAAAAGCUCGGCUUAGCAUGAAGAUUUUUUUUUUUUGACGGGUGAAGACCGAUAAUCAUGAAAAAAAGACAAUGGGAUGUAUUAGUAA